CUCGUUGCGUCGUCAGCCAACACUUUUUGCAGCUGCAGCACAAAACAAUUCGCAGCUCCAACAUUUUUCACUCGAUUUGUUAACAAAGUGGGAGGUAUACAAAAAUAAUCAAAUCAAAUCACAGUUGUACACCGCCGUGCAAAACGAGUGCUAUUGUCGGCAACAAUAACAAUAACAGCAACGUGACCGCGUGAGCAACAUAAACAAACGAGAGGUACACAAAUGCCAGUAAAAAAUGGCGAAUCGGAUGCUGAGGGCGACGUCUCUGGGGCAGAGUCGGAGCACUCGAACUCUAGCCAGGCACACGACACCUCCGACGAGGAGGAGGAGGAGGCCAAUGAAUGCGACUCCGAUGAUUCAUCCGAAAUGGAUGCCAGCGAAAUUGAGAGACGUCGAGCUGAACAUAUGGAAGACUUGGCGAGCUUGGAGCGGCAGUUUAGCCAAUUGCGAGAACAAUAUUACUACGAGCGAAUCAGUCUCAUUGAGCGGCAACUGUCCGAGGUGCGAUCUGGAAGAUCCGAGGAGUUUGUACAGCCACAGAAGGAACUGGACAAGGUGUAUCGCACGCGGAUUGAGGUCGCCGACGUCUUGCGCAAGUUUCGCCUGCAAAACAUUGAACACAAAUACUUGUCCGAGGAGCAGGCAGCCUCCCAACACUUUGAGAGUGAAAAGCAAAUGACUUUAGAUUAUCUGCGGGAGGAUCUAAUGGAGCGCAUACGACGGCUCGAGGAGGAUCGUCACAAUGUGGAGAUCUCGUGGGAUAAUUGGGGCAAUGACAAGCGGCAAAGUAAAGUGCGAGGACCGGGACGAAAAAAGGCAGUCACUGUUACGGGUCCCUAUGUUGUAUAUAUGCUGCGCGAAGAGGAUAUUAUGGAGGAUUGGACCAUUAUACGAAAGGCGCUCAAACGAUCCUCAACGGCGGCCGUGGCAGCAACUGGCGGUGGUGCCACAUCAACGGCGGGUGGAGUCAGUGGUCUGGUGGGCGUACCCUUAACGGCCACCGCAAUGGCGGGGGCCAAUGGAUAACGGUGGCGUGCAGCUGCUGCUGCUUAUGCCCAUGUGCAUGCCCGCAACACGGAAUUUACCUGACACAAGCGGCUGCUCCUCCACUCACCUCACUAUUGUUGUUAACUGCUGCCCCUAACAUUAUCAUUACGAUCUUACGAUUGCGAUCUUACGUUCAAUUAUGCUAUGACUUAUUAUUGCUUAGUCUAAACAAACACACACAAACAAGAAAAACAAAAAAUCAAGAAAGAUACAACAAAUGUAACUAAUUUUAAGCGCAUACAUUUAGUAUAAAUUAAUCUAGUUAUAAACUUAUGCACGCAAAUUGUAUAUAAUGAAUUAUAAAACUUUUGAAAGCUCCAUGAAUAACGCGUACCACGUUGUUGUCCGAGAAAACAUUGUGUAAUAAAGGUCACACAUCCCCGCAGUAAAUGCAUGUAAUUUAUUAUAUGUAUAAUUAUUAUAUAAGCAUAUAUAUUCUAGACUCUAGAGACGAACAUCAAAUUGUACACAAAAUAAAUCCCAUUUUUUUUUCUCUAAA